CAGCACCUGAGGAAGACGGGAGGAAAAGAUGUCGACAGCUGUUGUCUCGUUUCUCUUUCCAGGCAUGGCAUAACACUUCUCUCCAUUCCUCGUCCCAAGUUCUCGUUGCCCCACCUGCGUCGCGUCCAACCGUCCAGCCCACGUCUCGCCAUAUCGGCCACGCCCUGUCCCGCCCAUCAUGAUCAUCCCCCCUGACCCCGAAAAGGAUCCCAACAUCUUCUCCCCCUCCUCCUCCACGCCCUCCCUCGUGCCCGCCCCCUCAGAGCAUUCCUACUUUGGUACCGCGUCAUGGGAUGGCGAAUCACUACCGCCUUAUGAGGGCCGGCGGCGGUCCAGGACAAGCUUUGUCGCAGAUCACAACAGCGGCACAAGGCACACGAGAGAGGGAGACGUGUUCUCGGAUGAGAACGCGGCGCGCCUGCAGGAGAUGAGAGAAAGAAAUCCAAGGCCAGGGCUAGGUGUGGUGAUACCAGCCACGGUCAUAAACCCGGCGUAUCAACAAUCUCCUGGUUCUUCGCUCGGGAGCGUGACGCCGACGGCGAAUGGGCCCAAUGCCUCCCUACCCUCUUUCCAUUCGACGCACCCUGCCCAUUCUCAUGCCGAGUCAUCAAUCAUACCGGCUUCCGACACCGCCCCAGUAGCUUCGACCUCGAAGCUGUGGGAAUCUCCUUCGUCUCAACUUUCUGACCCGUCUUCCACGCGUCGCAUCUUAUGCCUCUCCCCGGCGGCAUCGCGUGCGCUAUACAAAUGGUGGAAAAAAUGGAGAACGUGGAUACUUGUUUUGCUAGUCGUAAUACUGGUAGGAGUGGCAUUGAUGGUCGGGUUACUAGUGGGGAUGCGCUCUUCGAAACAGGACACUGGGGUGGCAAUCCCACCGUGGGAGGACAACAGCAAGAGCGACGAUGGGAAGAAGACAGCGAUAUGGCAACAGGGAGGAUCUCCCAAUCUGACAUAUGUCGAGUCAAGGGACGGACCGUCAUUUACAGAAGGCAACUUGACAAAUUGCAAUCAGUUUACCUCCUAUAAUUAUACUUCCGCCUUCUCCACCCUUUUCACCCCAUUCACCACGACAACUAUAUCUACUACGAGGUUCACGUUCCCUCUUCAAGCGAACGGAUCCGCUCCUUCGAAUCUCUUUUUCAACGGGCGCGGCUUAGGAUCUAGCGGGACAAUAACUUUCCUCGGCUCAGAAGGAGAUGAAGAGUUACAACAGGAGGCAGGUGAAGGAGUCAUUACAGUUGACGUUAUUAUACGAUACGCUGGACCACAGGCCCUAGAUGAUAUGAUGAGGGUGUGUGAAAUGGCGAGAGAUGAUGGUGGUGUUGGUGUUGGAAUCUACAGCCCAAGGCGAACGGAUGGAAAGGUCUCCAACCCUCUUUUUAUUAAUGCUGCCCACGUUCCGACCUCCCACAUCCUCAUUCGACUACCUCCUUCUGUUUACGCCAGUGUCACUCCUGCUACGUAUUUCCCGCAUCUCGAAUAUAAUUUCGAUCGGAUGUCUGUACGUUUCGGGGACUUGGAAGGGGUGGCAGACAUGGGCUUGUUGGACAUAUCGAACAAUUGUGGAAGGUUGGAUGCCGCGUAUGUGAGUUUGAAGUGUGGAAAUGUGGUGUCAACAGGGAGAGAUGUGAAGGGGAGAUGGAAUGUUUCCGAAGAAUUAUAUAUGAAUAUCUCAGACGGCUCCAUAUCAGCAGACGUUAUCCUUUACGACCCGUCUCACACAUCUGACAAUUCUACAACCUUGCAAGACAGUGAUUACGUAUUCCACCGCCGUGACAUCUCAACACCUGAUAAGCUCAUCACCACGAGAUUCUUUUCCUCAUCUGGUUAUCUUGAUAUCCGUUACCUCCAUCAUCCGACAACCGUCUCCCUCUCUUCCGUCAUUGCCACGCUGCAUGGUUCAAUAUCUCUGCGUCUCCAUCCAAAUUAUGUUGGCCCUUUUUCAGCGAAAACGAUGUGGGGCGAGUUGCGUAUUCCCACCCCAUCAUCGGUUUCAAGCUAUGACCCGUUGCAUAAGAACCGCAGCCGUUCUCUCGCCCUCGGCAUUAUCAAUGUGCCCACGAACUCGUCCUUUGCGCAAUAUGGAUUGAACCAAAGCAUGUUGCAGCAUAGUACGGACACGGUGACCGGUGUGGCUUACUGGGCGACAGUAGAUCAAAAAGGCGGAAAGCAGUGGGUCAACACACUCACCGUUGAAAAAGUACAAGACUCAGUCGCCGCAACGGGCAAUGAAGUAAUAGUGAUGGGUGCUGGGGGUGACGUGGAAGUGACCAUCGAUGGGUCUUAGUAGCGUCCAAGCUACGUGACCAAAAAAAGAAAGAAAAAAAAGGGAGACAUGGACAAAGCAACUCAUUCAAGACUGUAGCCUCAAAAACAUUCAAAAUUGUAACAUCUGUCAUCUUUUUCUUUCCCUUCGAAUUCGCAAUGAGGAAACAUUACAAGUAGUUUCAUUUUUAGCUGGGCAGUUAUGGCUAUUUUCCUCCUCUACUCUUCAUAUUUUGAACUUCAUGUCUGGGAGGGUCGGGGCGUGGGAGAAGUGUUUGUUUUACUAUCGCAUCGUUCAUAUAAUUGUGUCUAAUGUCAAUGGUAUUUUUGUACGUGAGAUGAUACUCAUACACGC